AUGGCGGAAGGGAGCGGCCUCAUGCGGUCUUUUCCGGUCCCCUCGCACGUCAUCCCGAGCCUUCGGAUCGCCACGGAGGCCUUUAUUGAGCAGCGCCGCGUGGAAUGCCAGCGCUGCGUCGACGCGAUCACGCGGGAGCCCGUGCUGAUGCGGCACCCCACCGUCCUCCGGCUGUUCGACCUCGCGAAGGAGGGCGGGGCGCGUCCUCCCCCCCUCCACGCAAUCCACCCCAUGCCGGCGACCUCGACCUCUCCCAAUCAGGCGUCGUCGUCGCUGCUCGUCGGGGUGGAGGGUGAGGAACGGGGGAGCGUGGCCUCCUCGCCCUCCGCCGUCGCGUUGACGUCGCAGGCGUUGGAUCCGCUGCGAGGGACCUACGCGUUGCCGGGGUUCGGCCGCUCGCAAAGCCAAAACACGGGAAUGAUGAGCACGCAGUCGUCGGUGGUGCGGCGGAGCCGGCUGGAUCGCUUCACGCAGGAGGACCUCGAGACGGUGCAACUCGGCAGCGUCCUCGGCCGCGGCACCUUCGGCACCGUCUACCAGGGCUUCCUGCUGACGAGCGACGGGCCGUUGAUUGUGGCGGUGAAGGAGCUCUGCCUGAGCGCGGAGACCAGCCCGGAGACCCUGCAGAGCAUUCAGAACGAGCUGAGUAUUCUGUGCAACACCCAACACAAGAACAUCAUCCGCUUCUUGGGCAGCGUGUAUCUCCCGGAGAUGUACCGGCUCCGCGUUUUUACGGAGUACCUCGAGUGCGGUACGAUCUCGACAAUGGUGAAGCGGUUCGGCGCGAUGCCGCUGCUCGCGAUUCAGAAGUACAUGACGCAGAUCCUCAUGGGGCUCAGCCACCUCCACUCCCUCAACAUCGUCCACCGUGACCUCAAGGGCGACAACAUCUUGCUCAACAAACGUGGCAAGGUGCGGUUGGCGGACUUCGGCUGCAGCGAUACCCUCGCGCAGCAGGUUGAGAUCCGGAUGCAGGCCGAUCCGACGCCCUGCGAGGCGGGCGAGGGCGGCGAGGCCGCGUCGCGACCCCCUAGCGGGUCCUCCGGCGCGGACAACUCCGCGGAGGCAGGGGAGGGGAGGCCGUCGUCGAAGACGGCGACGGUGGCGUUCCCGAUCGGAACGCCGCUCUGGAUGGCGCCGGAGGUGAUCCACGGGGAACUCUCCGAGGCGGGAAAGAAGGCCUCCCCGGCGGCCGCCGACAUCUGGGCGGUGGGGUGUAUCGGUAUCGAGAUGCUCGACCGCCCGAUAUGGUCCUUUGGGGAUGUCCAUACCCACCCCUUCGCGGUGAUGUACCACAUCGCGCGAUCCACCUCGCCGCCGGAUGGCCUCCUGAGCGAGGAGGAACUGAGAAAUUCCUUCCAAGGGUCCGGGACGGAGAGCGAUGCGGAGAAGCUCGAGGCGUUUUCCAUCUACCGCGACUUUUUAGUGCACUGCCUGGAGUUGAAGCCGGAGGACCGGUGGACGGCGCAGCAGCUCCUAAAGCAUCCAUUCUUUCAUCGCACAUUUUCAAAGCAUCUGCGCUGGGCGCCACCACACCCAUCAAUGCCCGUGGAAAGGGAUUAG